UGAACAGCGCGUGACACGCGGCCGCUGAAUACGCGUGAUUUAAUCAUUUUUUAUUAAUUACAAGCACAAUUAAAUAAGCGUUUGAACGCAAGCUGUUAAUGAAAAACUAUUAAAUGAGCUUUAAAUUAUCCAUGCACCGUGUAUAAAGUUAUCAAUUAAAAAAUCAAUUGCCGCCAACGACAUCGGAAAAAUGCCCGCAAGAAAAAAUCACAAAGCCAAGAAGAAACACCACCAACAGCCGCAGCACCAGCUGCAUCAGAAGCAACCACAGGAGCAGGAACUGCCGCAGUCACAGGAUGAGGAGACGACACCACCUGCCUACCGCAUUGCUCACUCGGACAUCUAUGGCCGUUAUCUGGUGGCCAAUCGGGAGCUGAAACCUGGCGAACUUCUCAUCACGGAGCCACCACUAGUGAUUGGUCCCUGCGUCUCUGCCGAUCCUGUUUGUCUGGGUUGCUACAAGCCGGUGACAUUGUCAGCUGCACAAUAUCGUUGUCCAAGCUGUGCUUGGCCCUUGUGCGGACCCAGUUGUGUGGGGCUGGGACAGAGUAAUGGUCACAGUACCGAGGAGUGUGCAUUAUAUACCAAACGACGCCCCCAGGCUGCCGAUCAGUUACAUCAAAGAGCUGCACCCAUUGACAUCAGGGAUCUCUAUGAACUGGUAGUGAUCGUUCGCAUUUUGCUGCUGCGGACGCAUGCGCCGGCGCAGUACGUGCUGAUCGAGCGCAUGGAGUCGCACACGGAGGAACGUCGUCACAAUGCCGUACUGUGGCAGCAUUACGAAGAGAAGGUGGUGCAUCGAUUGCGCGAGAGCUGGCAACUGAGCGAAACGAUCAGCGCUGAUGAGCUGCACCAGAUCUGCGGCAUCCUAGAUGUCAACUGCUUCGAGAUUGGCCAGAAUGGCGCAAAGGCGCGUACGCUAUAUCCGAGCGCUUUCCUGCUCGCGCACGACUGUAGCCCGAACACGGCGCACACGGACGAUCCCCGAUCGUUCGCCAUCUAUUUGCGCACUUCGAGGCGCGUGCGCGAGCACGAGGCCCUCACGCUCAGCUAUGCGUAUACGCUACAGGGCACACUGAAGCGACGCGACUUUAUGCACGAUGGCAAAUUGUUUUGGUGUCAGUGUCAGCGCUGUGCCGAUCCUCGGGAGUUGGGCACCGAUUGUAGUGCCCUGAUAUGUGGGGGCUGCAAGGCGGGUACUGUGAGGGCGGCAAAGCCCCUCGAUCAGGACGCGGAUUGGACUUGCGAUCGCUGCGAUUAUCGCUUAAGCGCGACUCAGCUGGUGCGUUUGCUAGAUCGCAUCAACAAUGAUCUGGAGUCAAUCGAUGUACAUGAUAUUCCGGGGCUCGAGAACUUUCUGAAACGCUACCGUGAAAUCUUGCGGCCAAAUCAUUAUCUUUUGCUUUCUGCAAAAUACUCCCUAUGCCAAAUCUAUGGUCGUAUCGAGGGUUACUUACUGCCUCAAAUGUCCUUGGAGGAUAUUGAGCGCAAGGAGCGCUAUUGUCGCGAGUUUCUUGAGGUAAUCGAUGUGCUUGAACCCGGACUGACGCGAUUGCGCGGUCUCAUUAUGUACGAGUUGCAUGCGCCGAUUAUGGUGCUCGCCCAACAUGCAAUACAAAAUGGCCAAAUACAACGUCAAGAUUUUCAACGCAAACUCAAGGAAGUCGUCAAAAUGCUGCGCGAAAGUCGUGAUAUCCUUUUAUUGGAGCCUGAGGGUUCCAGCGAGCAUGAAAUGGGGCUAGCAGCAGCGGAUGCGCUCACUAAAAUGGGCUGUUGAGCUUAAAAAGCGAGAUCUCUAAUAAACUUUGUGUGUUAUUCCUGCCUUUAA